AUGUUUAGGUCAUCUCCACGGAGGAAUCAAAGAUCCAAAGGCUUCAAGGUGAAGCAUGCUGUACAACUCUGUCUCCUGCUUGCCGUUGGUCUCUGGAUGGUUUUCCAAGUGAGACACUCCCAUGAAAAGAAAGCAUCAUAUAGUAAAAGCAUAAAAGCCGACCGUGAAGUUUUGAAGUUGGGGAGGAAGGACCCCCAUCAUCCUGUUGUCGAUGCAAGGCGCAAAGACGACAACGAUGAAGAAGAGAGCAAGCACCAUGAACAACACAAGCUCGAUGACAUUAAUAGUGUGGAUGAUGAUGCGCUGUCGCAAAAGCAUGAGCAAAACAAUGAGGAGGAGUUUGAGCAUAGACAGGAUUCUGUAGAUCAAGAAAGAGAGAAUGAAGAGAAUUCUGAAAAUGCCACGACAGAUAAGGAAAGUGAGGGGCAUGACGAGAAAUUUAGUGAGGAAAAUGACAGUAAGGGGAUUCAAGAAAACAAAGAUGAAGGGGAAGACAAAGAGACAGGAGAGAAGGAUAAUGUUCAGGACGGGGAAACGAGCAGUGACGAGGCCAGAGAGGAGCAUUAUACAGGAGAUGCCUCCAGUGCUCUAGAUCAUAAAACGCAGGAUAUCUCAGAUGAAACCGAUAACAAGACAGAACAGUUCGAGAAGGGAGAUGAGAAUGAGUUUCAAAAGAACAAUUUCGAUAACAAGGAAUCAAUUUCAGAUGCAACAACGCGGACAGAGGAUGAUUCAAAGAAGAGUUCCAAGGUAGAGUCAGAUGUGCAGCAGAAGGAGCAAAAUAACCCCACCACAGAUGAUGUAGAUCCUCUGGACUCGACAUUGAAGAAUGAGAGGGAUGCAACAUCUAGUACAACUGACAACCAUAUGAAAGCAUCUGGUGACACAAACUCCAAGGCAGAGGAGUCCAGCUUGGACAAUACCAUGCUAAAAACGGAAAAUUCUGAACCAGACGCCACAGAGAAGCAAGCUGAUUCCACUUCAUCUUCAUCGGGAACCCAUGACACAGAUGUUGCCAGUGGAGAAUUCAAGGAUAGCUCUAGUAAACCUGAGCAGGGUGAAAAAGCCGAGGAGAAUAUUUUAUUGUCCACUUCAAAUGAUACACUAAAUUCUAACCAAGAGAGCAGGACGAGCAGUGAUGAAAAGGGCAGUGAUAAUGUACAUACGAGCCAAGAACAAGCCAAUCCUUCUGACACUUCCUCGAAGCCGAACAAAGAUGAAUCCUUAAUCUCGGAAAAUAAAAGUGAUGCUAACAAGAGUAAUUUCCAUGACAAUGAAGUUGACGACAAUGUGAAUGCUAGUCAAGAUGUGCCAAUCAGUACCUCUGAUUCUUCGAAUCCUGAAGAUAAAGAGGCUUCCUCUGACGGGACGGCUGAUUUAGGGCAGAAUGAAAAUGAGAGCACCGAUCAGAGGGAAACGCAUGAAAAUGAAGAUGGAGAUCAAAAUGUGUCAGCUGAAUCUCAAAAUGGGAAAGAGGACGCAGUAAACUCAAACGACAAUAGCAAUGCCGAUUCUUCAAUCCGUGAGGAUAUUAAAGAGGCUCGAAUGGAUUUGGGAACUUUGCCAGAGGGCAACCCAGAAACCAAUCAUCACAAUGAUGAUACAGCCACGGAGAGAUGA